AUGGGGCGGCACGGCGUGGACCAGAUCGGCGCCGUGGCGGCGUUCGCCUGGGUCGCGCUCCUUCCCCUGCUGCUUGUGGGCGUCGUGUGCCCGGGCGCCCAGGCCGGCCAGACAAGCGAGUACCGGCGCCAACUCGGCUCCGCCAUCGACAUGCCACUCGACGCCGAUGUCUUCCGCCCUCCCCCGGGCCACAAUGCGCCCGAGCAGGUUCACAUCACACAAGGCAAUCAUGAUGGCACAGCCAUGAUAAUCUCAUGGGUGACAACAAGUGAGCCUGGCUCGAGUACUGUGAUCUACGGGACUUCAGAGGACAACCUCAACUAUACUGCAAAUGGGAAGCAUACUCAGUAUACUUUCUACAACUACACCUCAGGAUACAUUCAUCAUUGCACAAUAAAAAAGUUGGAGUUUGACACAAAGUAUUACUAUGCUGUUGGGAUUGGACAAACGGUGAGGAAGUUUUGGUUUAUGACUCCUCCAGAAAGUGGCCCAGAUGUUCCAUAUACGUUUGGUCUCAUAGGUGAUCUUGGUCAGAGCUUCGAUUCCAAUGUUACGCUGACUCAUUAUGAGUCCAAUGCAAAAGCACAGGCAGUGCUUUUUGUUGGGGAUUUAUCAUAUGCAGAUAACUACCCAUACCAUGAUAAUGUGAGGUGGGAUACAUGGGCAAGAUUUGUAGAGAGGAAUGUCGCAUACCAGCCUUGGAUCUGGACUGCUGGAAAUCAUGAGAUAGAUUUCGCUCCAGAACUUGGUGAAACAAAGCCAUUCAAGCCAUUCAGCCACAGGUAUCCCACACCCUACAAGGCUUCUGGUAGCACGGCACCUUACUGGUAUUCCAUCAAAAGGGCCUCAGCCUACAUUAUUGUCUUGGCAUCAUACUCAGCAUACGGAAAAUACACUCCUCAGUACAAGUGGCUUGAAGCUGAAUUUCCCAAGGUCAACAGGAGUGAAACACCAUGGUUGAUUGUCCUCAUGCAUGCUCCAUGGUACAAUAGCUACAACUAUCACUAUAUGGAAGGUGAAACCAUGAGGGUGAUGUAUGAACCGUGGUUCGUGAAGUACAAAGUUGACGCUGUGUUUGCAGGACAUGUCCACGCCUACGAACGCACACACAGGAUAUCAAAUGUGGCGUACAACGUUGUGAAUGGCCUGUGCACUCCAAUCCCUGAUCAAUCGGCCCCAGUCUACAUCACCAUUGGCGAUGGAGGGAACCAGGAAGGACUGGCUACCAACAUGUCGCAGCCGCAGCCGAGCUACUCGGCCUUCAGGGAGGCGAGCUUCGGGCACGCCAUCCUGGACAUCAAGAACCGGACGCACGCGUACUACACGUGGCACCGCAACCAGGACGGGAGCGCGGUGGCCGCCGACUCCAUGUGGUUCACCAACCGGUACUGGGAGCCGACGGACGAUUCGGCCGACGAUUUCCAGUGA